CGUUCUUAUACUGUUGGUCCAAAUCCUCGACAAUAUACAUCGUUACCAAUGAGUCCAAAAAUUCAUGCUGAAACUUCAAGAAUAUUAAUUGAUAAUAAUUACAAUGAACGUCCUGAUAAUGAUCAGAUUGCGAAUACACAUGAAUUCGAAACAAGUGAUAUUAUUGAUUCUUAUUAUGACGAUCCUGAGGAUCCUGAGGAUCCUGUGGAUCCUAAGGAUUCUGAACUUAAUAAGCCAGUUCCAACUAGUGCAGUAGCGGCAAAUCGAAAACGUGAAGCAGCGGUUAAUGAAAUCCUUACCACAGAAUUAACGUAUGUUGAUGGUUUAAGGAAACUUGUGAGGAUAUACUUAUUGCCCAUGCGACAAAGAUCUGCAAAUAAGAUCUUAUCAAAACCCAUUGCAACUAUUGAAGAGAUUUCGACCAUAUUUGGAAAUGUUGAACAGUUACUAAAAUUACACGAGCAAUUAUUGAAAUCAUUGGAAGAAAGGAAAAUAAAUUGGAGUCCAACGCGACAUAUUAGCGAUAUAUUUUUAAAAAAUGCCCCAUACCUUAAAAUGUAUGCAAUCUACUUUAAAAGUUUUCCACAAGCAAUUGCGACCAUGGAACGACUUAGUAAAGAGAGUAAAGAGUUCAAAAAAUUUUUACAGCAAUGUCAGCAGAAUCCAGAGUUAGGAGGAUUACCAUUUAAUUCUUUUUUAAGUCUUCCAAUUCAAAGAAUUCCACGUUAUAAAUUACUGUUGGAAGCUCUAUUGAAAUAUACUGAAGAGUCAGAUCCAGAUUAUAACAAUUUAAAGAAAUGCGUGAAUCAAAUUUCAGCAAUUGCUGAUGAAGUAAAUGAAAAAAUACGAGACGCAGAAAAUCAACAAAAAGUGCUGGAAAUUCAAGGACAAGUUACUGGGUUACCAAAUAACAUAGUACAUCCUGCACGAAGGUUCAUUUAUAAAGGAAAUCUUUAUAAAGUUUCGCCAACAAAAGUUAAUAGUUACGCAUCAUUACAAGAUGUACGAGUACACUUUCUUUUCAAUGAUCUAUUAAUUUUUUGUUUGGAUUUUCAAGGAAUAUAUCACUACAAAGGUGAAAUUGAUUUGAGAUACGCGUCAGUUAAAGACACUUAUGAGGAUUCAGAAUUGCCUUAUUGCUUUCAAAUAAAAACAAAAAAUGGAACACAUACUGUUCGUGCAAAAAACAGGGAGGAGAAAACUGAAUGGAUUGCUAGACUUAAUGAAACAAUAUGGUCGCUACAAAAUGUACAAAAUGGACGUGGAAAACUACUUAUUCCCAUUUCAAACAACUCUCAUUGAAAGUUUUAUGUGGUCGUUUGUACCGACAUUCAUUCUUUUGGGUUAAGAAAUUUGAUUUCUAAACCUUGUAAUUUAUUGAAUUUUCAUUUGUAGCAUAAAAAUUUAAAUAUAAAUAAUUUGAAUAUUAUAGACAUAUUCAAUAGUAUAAAGUUAGAUUAUUUAAUAUAAUUUUCAGACGAAGAUUAUUAUUUAUUUUUUGUAUUUUAGUAUUUUAAUAUAUGAGA